AUGCUGAUUACCACUCAUCUGUUUUCCUUCUCCACGUUCGGGGUUGCGGCCCUCUUGGGCUGUCUGUACGCACUCGCCCUCGUCGUGUAUCGCCUCUACCUGAGUCCGCUCAGGAACUUCCCAGGUCCGAAACUCGCAGCCGCAACUCUUUGGUACGAGUUCUACUACGACGUCGUCCGGGGCGGCCAGUACAGCUUCCACAUCGCCAAGCUGCACGAGGCGUACGGCCCCGUCAUCCGCAUCAACCCGCACGAGAUCCACGUCCAGACGCCCGCCUUCUACGACAUCCUCUACAGCGGCGCGCGCCACCGCCGCAACAAGUGGCGCUGGGCCAGCGGCGCCUUCGGCGUCGACCUGUCGACUUUCGGUUCCGAGCUGCACGAGGCCCACCGUAUGCGCCGCUCCGCCAUCGCCCCCUUCUUCUCGAAAGCCCGUGUCCGGAGGCUGGAGCCCAUGGUCCGCGAGAGGGCCGACGCAGUGGUCGGGAGACUCAGGGGGUUCGCGGCGACGGGCGCCGUGAUGAGGUUGGACCAUGCGUUGACGGCCUACGCCACUGAUAUCAUCACAAACUACGCUUUUGGACUCUGUCAUGACCGAGUCAACGCGCCAGACUUCGACGCGGGCUUCCACUCGGCCUGUCUGAGCGGAUGCCAGCAGGUGUUCCUGUCUCGGCAGUUCCCCUUCCUCAUGGACAUCGUCAAGAUGAUUCCCGGUUCGUGGAUACUGAAGUGGAGCCCGGCCAUCAACUCGUACUUCUCCAUGCAGAGGGACAUCGGCAGGCUCAUCACCAAGAUCUGCCGCCAGGACCGCAGCGAGUGGCCCGAGCUGGAGCACCCGACCUUCUUCCACGAGCUCCUCGACAGCAAGCUGCCCGAGAGCGAAAAGUCCAUCGCCCGCCUCGCCCAGGAGGGCGGAUCUCUCCUCGGCGCCGGCACCGUCACGACGUCCUGGACCAUCACGACCGGCGUCUUCUACCUCCUGCGCGAGCCCGACGUCCUCCGCGCGCUCAAAUCCGAGCUGGCCGCCGCGUUCCCCGCAGAAGCCGCCAUCACCGACCAGAAGAAUCUUACCGGCAUCCUCGAGGGCCUCCCGUACCUGUCCGCCGUCGCCCAGGAGAUGGUGCGGAUGGGCCACGGCCUCGUGUCGCGCGCCGCGAGGGUCGCCCCCGACGAGGACCUCGCGGUCCCCGGCACCGGGUUCGUCAUCCCCCGGAACACCCCGAUCUCCAUGACGCACUUACUGCUGAACCGCGACCCGGGCCUGUACGACUCGCCGGAUCGGUUCCAACCGGAGCGCUGGAUCGGGGACGCCGGACUGGCGCCCUUCCCCCCGAGGCAGUUCGGCUUCAGCGCCGGCGCCCGGGCCUGUUCGGGGCGAGACCUGGCCAUGGCCGAGAUCCUCAUCAUCAUCGCGACGCUCUUCCGCACGUACGGGACGAGGGAGGUCCGUUUCGAGGACGAUGUUGGGUUCCUGGAGCUGUGGGAGACGGACGAGACCGACGUUGAGUGCUCGGUGGAUGCCAUGGUCGCCCGGCCGAAGACCGACUCAAAGGGUGUCCGAUGUAAAGUGCAUCAUUGGUGA